AUGGCGACCGCGCAUGACGAUGACUUGCCGAAGCGCAGGGAAAUGGUCCUGGAAUUUACGUUGGGACCAGAACAUCAGCUCCACUACGUAGUUCAACCCAAAGGUGUCGAUGGCGAUGGUUUGGAUGAGCCUGGACCUCUCAUUGCUUCUCGUCCAGGAUGCGAGACCCCUGAAAUUAGAGAGAUUGAACGUGCAGGUAGCAUCUAUUGGUCUAUUGAGGGAGAGGGAGGAGUCAGAACGCUAUGGGUAAUUGCAUUUCACAAUGGCGUCGUUACGAGAUUCUGA